CCGAAAGGGUAGGUUAUUUUUUUAAAGGGCAUGUAAUCCAACCAUGUUUUUAAAUGCAUUUCUGUGCAGAGAUGAUAUCUAUAGAUACAGUCUGUUUAACAUAGAUUCUUUCUGGUUAUUAAAGUAAUACUUGCUUUGGUAAACUAUUUCUGGAACCGGAGAGGGGACCUUUAUAACCUGACCGCCCUCGUGUUAACAAGGGGUGGUCGCCUGGCAGUGGGAUUACACCUGUAUCAUCUGUAUUUAUUGAGUUUAUUUGAACAGGCAUGUAAAACCUUGACAGUAAGGAAAAAUAAGGGUAUUGGUAAAAGUAUACUGUUUUAUAAACUGGCUAGUUAUUUCAUGGGUGUGUAUCCUCUCUAAUUAGACUUCAGGAAAAGAUCAGUGACAGCAUCGAUUCAAUGAGUGAAUGCAUUCUGAGAAUUCUUUUUUUUUUUGUUUUAAUGUUUAUUUAUUUAUUUUGAGAGAGAGAGGGAGAGAGAGAAUCCCAAGCAGGCUCUGUGCUGGGCUGUCAGCGCAGAGCCUGACCCGGGGCUCGAUCCCGUGACCGUGAGACCAUGACCUGGGCCCAAAUCCAGAGUUGGAUGCUUAACUGAGCCACCCAGGCGUUGCUGAAUUCUGAGAAUUUUUGAGAAGUAGGACUGUGUGGCCUAUGGUAGGGCCUCGUAAAGGGGUGGAGCCUGCUUCUCAGCUGUCUGAGAAAGUGAACAGGGCCACCCUACCUGAGAGAGGAAGAAGCAGGUCUCAGGCUCAGUGAGCCCCUCACACCAUCCUUCCAUCAGCCCCCCGCACCCCCCCCCCCAGGAUGGGGAACAGAGGCCAGGAGGGCUCAUAGGACUUACUCGUGGUCACUAAGCUGGAGGUGGCCAAGCCAGGGUUUGAACCUGGGGCUGCCUCACGCCAGAGCCUCCCCUGAACCACUCCUGGGUCAGAGCGCAGCUGGACUCCAUGGACUUCUUCAGCAUGGGUCCCACUGUGGCCCUCAGAACCUGCUGGCAGCUCUGACCAGACCGAGAUGCUGACACAGACCUUGGGGUAUUAAUAGCCCCAAUCUGGGCUAGGCUUCUCUUCCCCUCCUGAGGCCAGCCCAGGUCAUGGGCCCCACGCAGGGAGAGGGAGAUGCGUGCCCUGGUGGAGGACUGAGCGAGUGUGCCCAGGUCCCUGCUGUCUGAGGGAUCCGUGUCUGGACGCCCUCCUGUUCCACCCCAGGGGCUGGCUUGGGAGUUGAACCUCCACCCUUUUGGGCUGCUUGGCUGGAGGCCUUCAUGCCUCUGAGCCUCAGCUUCCUCAUCUGUAAAAUGGGGGUGGUAUCACAGCUUCACAGAAAGGCUGGUUAUGGGGCGCGAAGGAGCUAGAGCACACAGCUCAGUACAUUGCCCGCCACCCACGCAUUCCGAGCACAUCUGCAUGUGUAGCUGUCCAGGAGCCAGGAUGAGGCAGCCCGGGUCAUCAGUGCUCCACCCAAGAGGCUGGGACGCCACCCAGUCUGGAACAUCGUCUUCUGUGGCUGCGUGAUCUGAAUGGAACAGUCUGGAAGAAGGAUGCCGGGGAGUCUGCAAGGGACCCCGGACUGAGGGCUCCUGGAGUCUGCCUUCGCACCAACCAGCUGCUGCGGAGAAGGCAGGGAGGCAGGGAGUGGUGGCGGGAUCCCCGGGCGGCUCCAGUCUUCGGGGAGAAGGCCUCCCAGCCCGGCUGGCACCGGCCCUCGUGGCGCGAGGCGUCACCAUGCCAGCCUCCCAGAGCCGCGCCCGGGCCCGGGACCGCAACAACGUCCUCAACAGAGCUGAGUUCCUGUCCCUGAACCAGCCCCCCAAGGGCACCCCGGAGCCCCGCAGCUCGGGCAGGAAGGCCCCGGGCCCCUCGGCGCAGCCCCCGUCCCCUGGCGAUGGGGCCCGCGAGAGGCGCCAGUCACAGCAGCUGCCCGAGGAGGACUGCAUGCAGCUGAACCCCUCCUUCAAGGGCAUCGCCUUCAACUCCCUGCUGGCCAUUGACAUCUGCAUGUCCAAGCGGCUGGGGGUGUGUGCCGGCCGUGCCACGUCCUGGGCCAGCGCCCGCUCCAUGGUCAAGCUCAUUGGCAUCACAGGCCACGGCAUCCCCUGGAUCGGGGGUACCAUCCUCUGCCUGGUGAAGAGCAGCACACUGGCCGGCCAGGAGGUGCUCAUGAACCUGCUCCUGGCCCUGCUCCUGGACAUCAUGACGGUGGCCGGCGUGCAGAAACUCAUCAAGCGCCGCGGCCCGUUCGAGACGAACCCCAGCCUCCUGGACUACCUCACCAUGGACGUGUACGCCUUCCCCGCUGGGCACGCCAGCCGCGCGGCCAUGGUGUCCAAGUUCUUCCUCAGCCACCUGGUGCUGGCCGUGCCCCUGCGCGUCCUGCUGGUACUCUGGGCCUUCUGCGUGGGCCUGUCGCGCGUGAUGAUCGGACGGCACCACAUCACGGACGUCAUCUCGGGCUUCGUCAUCGGCUACUUCCAGUUCCGCCUGGUGGAGCUGGUCUGGAUGUCCUCCAACACCUGCCAGAUGCUCAUCUCCGCCUGGUGAGCCGCCUGCUCGGGGCUCCGGGAGCCGAGAGAGGAGGCAGGCGCGGCGGCCGACCGGCGGCCUCACGUCCCCCGUCGCGGUUGGAGGCUGGCGACCGCGGCCGGGCCGCCCGGAGGCUCGGUGCGGCCGGCAGGGGCGGGUGCCCUCUGCCCCUUGGCCUGGACCGCGCGAGUCCUCUCUGGGCCACGCUUUGCUUCCGCCACGGAGAAGGCAGGCGAGAACUAAAGGUGGCGGGAGCGGGGCCGGGUCUUGUCCCGUCCCUCGGUCGCCGUCACGACCGCUGAGUGCUUGGCUGUGCCCGCCGUGCCCACAGCACGAUGCCUGGCAGAGCGCCCCCCCCCCCCCACCCACCGCCCAGCACAGGUGCCACUGCCAUUAACGGUCAUCGGUAGCUCAGGGCAGCACUUUCCGAAGGGCGCCCUGCCGGAUGCCAGCCUGCAAGACGCUUUGGGAAGGAAAAGGGUUUUGUGGUCAAAUAAACUUGGGCAAUGCCGCGCACCGUGCCCCCGUGCCGGACAUUCACGAGGGCCGUUGUCGCCACAAAGGCUCUGACAAGUCCUGUGCAAAUGCUUCCUGUCAAACUCCGUGUGUCCUCAGCGCAUUUGACCACAGACCCCUUUUCUCGAGGAACAGCUACUAACCCCCAAAGAACCGCCAUCUCCUCAAGCGCGUUUUGGGAGAGGCCGCCCGGGAGCCGGAGGGCCUGAGGCACGCGUGGGCCUCUCCCAGCGCCUGCGCGCAGAGCUCACGGCCGCGGGCAUCGGUGCCGCUUUGGCCCCCAGGGGCCGGACUCCAUGUGACCUGAUAGGUCGUUUCCAAGUACCCAUCAUGGAUGUGCAUUUCAUGUGACAAUACAA